AUGCAGAUCUUCGUCAAGACCAUGACGGGCGAGACGUUCACGCUCGACGUCGAGCCGAGCGACGCGAUCGACAGCGUCAAGCAGAAGAUCCGGUACAGGGGCGUUCCUCCGGACCAGCUUCGCCUCAUCUACGCCGGCAGACAGCUCGAGUACGGCCGCACGCUGAGUGACUACAACAUCCACAUGGAAUCGACGCUCCACCUGGUCCUCCGGUUAGGAGGUGGACCUCCCAGGGCCCGUUACCAUCAGUGGAUAAAGAGAAUCACCGUAAAUGGAGCAGAUCUGAGGGAUGUCCCGUCCGAGAAUGAAGCAGGAGAUGGAACUUUAGUCUCCAUUCUAUUUUGCACGAACGCCGAGUCCUCAGACCCUGCAAAAGGCAACUCGUAUAUCAACGUGGGAGCCCUGGUCCCUCCAAUUGCGAAUUGCAUACCGUGCACUAUCGCGGACUAUCGCGGCAAUGAUGAGCGGUUGCUGCCCACGGCCGUCACACACACAGCGAACACAUUGAACAUCAGACCCCAAAGCCGCCGGGAGAAGACUACGUCUUCAACAUCAACCCCGUGGGCGACCGGAGUUUUGUGGGCAGGUCUGGGCGAAUUGUGGGUUCACAUGAGGUGCGGUUUCAGACUCGCGAUCGGGUCCUCGCCUGCCCCAUCUGCCGCACGCAGCCCCCACGGCGCGCCUGUGGGAACAGAGUCUUCGCCUCGGCCCACUGUCCCGUCUGCUUAGAGACGGCGGAACCCGUCGUGGCCCUGCCCUGCGGCCACGCCCUCUGCGAGGUGUGCUUCGGGAGCAUCCCGGGCGGCGCCCUGCUCGUCAAUGGACAAAGUGUCGGCGCUACUCCUCGCCCUACGGAGGAGGCGCAGGACCGCGACGCGACGCGGCAGCGGCGGGAAGCGGCGCGAGAAGACGAGGACGCGGCGGCGCGGCGCGAGGCCGUCGAGCGGUCGCGCCGCGAAGCCGCCGAGGAGCGCGAGCGGCGCGCCGCCGUCGAGCGGUCGCGGCGCGAGGCGGAGCGGGCCCGCGCCGAGCUCCGCGCCGCGCGCGACGAGGCGGCGCGCCGCGAGGCCGCCCGCGCGAGGGAGCGCGACGAGGCGGCGCGCCGCGCGAGGGAGCGCGACGAGGCGGCGCGCCGCGAGGCCGCCCGCGCGAGGGAAGCGGCGGCGAGAGAGCGCCCAUCCUACAAUGCCGCAUUCGCGGUUAACCAGCGCGUCGAGGUGCGGUCGCGCGGCGGCAACCAGUGGUUCACCGGCAAGAUCACAGCUAUUCGCGGCGACCGCUUGUACGACAUCCUAUACGACGACGAGGAUUCCGAGGCACGCGUCGCCGAAUCGCGGAUUCGCCGGUGGGUAUCCACGCCGCACACUGGGUAG